UCCGCGACGCCACUCGCGAUCGAGCCAAAGCGAGAGCACGAGAGAGAGCAGGAGGGGGAUUUCCAGCGCGAGCCCCCACUUCCCGGAGCAGCCGUUGUUGUUUUGCUUUCGCUCUGAACAGAAACACACUAGCUUUCCUUUUUCACCUUAAAACGUGAAAUAAGUUCACUUGUCCAACUUCAGCUGGUGUCUCUCUCCUGCCAGCAGCAGCGUGAAGCCUCCAGGCCACAACAACACGAACAGGACACCAUGCCAGUAGAGAGAAUGAGGAUGCGGCCGUGGCUGGAGGAGCAGAUCGACUCCUGUCAGAUACCAGGGCUCAAAUGGGUUAACAAAGAAAAGAGGAUCUUCCAGAUCCCAUGGAUGCAUGCUGCACGUCACGGCUGGGACCUGGAGAAAGAUGCUCCGCUCUUCAUGAGAUGGGCCAUACAUACCGGUAAAUUCCAGCGAGGCAUAGACCGUCCAGAUCCAAAGACGUGGAAGGCUAAUUUCCGCUGUGCCAUGAACAGCCUGCCAGACAUCGAGGAGGUGAAGGAUAAAAGCAUCAAAAAGGGAACAAAUGCCUUCAGAGUGUAUAAGAUGCUCUCCUCCUCAGAGAGGAGCAUGAAGAAAGGAAAGAAGAAGACAGAAAAGGAGGGAAAGCCCAAGGGAAAUAAAGAGCAGGUGGUUUCUCCAUCUCCAGACAGGACUCUUUCUGAUGCUCAUGUUGGACCUAUUGACUAUACCAUACAGGAAACGAUCAAACUGGAAGUCAAGGAGGAACAACUAGAGUUUACAGUGACGGACAGUGCCUCAGCCAUUCGCUGCUCAAUAGAAGACCAUGUGAUCACCAGCGAGCAGCUGCCAUUCGUCUGUCAGACAAUCGAAGUGACCACUGAGAACGAAGAGCAGACUGUUAGCUCCUCCCACUCGUACCCACUCCAAAUCUCUCCUGUGUCUUCAUGCUGCGGCAGCGACACGGACAGCGACACAGAGGACACCAAAGAGGGUGACUGGAGGCGGGACUACAACACAUCAGUUCUCAGGGUUCCCACAUGCUCUCUCCCCGGCAUGGCCACCUUCGUCACUGCGAGCAAGCCCAACUUCAGGGUCACCAGCACGCGAGACCCGACCCCUCUCAUCAGCUACCACACUGACGGCUGGACGCCGGCCUACAGCCAGAACUCUCUCAUGGACGCGGCGACCAGCCACACCCACGAGAUGCGCGCAAGCGUCAUUAUGAAAACCUCAGAUGUGACUACCUCCUGACCUCUGACCCCAGAUGAGGGAGUAUCAUCACCGCUUCCAGGGCAUAGGAAUGACAGAGAUAGUUUGUUUUCUCCAUCAGGGCGGCGUGGAGCUCAAACAGGGCCAGCUUCAAAACCUUUGAUUUUUUUGUAGCUUCUGUCUGGGCGAUGAAUUCUCAGUUUUCCUCUUAAUUGGAGAAAUUGCUAGCUGGUGGUGGCUUGACGUGCCCACAAUACAUUAUUUCUGCAUCUGUAUGGAUGCGAGGGUUUGCCUGAUGUAAAUGUCAUCAUCUCUCCAUGUCUGCCACGUGGGCCGCACAGACAGACAAACAUGUAUGCAGACAUGGAAUAAAUAGAACCGUAUGCGCGCCUGUUGUCCAUGUCCACAUCCGACUAUAUCUGGCCUUUGAGACACCAUAAUCAUCCACCUGUCACCGAUAGAUUGUGUUCUCUGCUGCUUUGGGCUAACACUUUGGCAUACAUUAUGCCAAAUGAAUGAAAUUCGCCACUUUUAUCUAAUGAAAGAAAAUUAACCUUUUAGUUGUAAAAAAAAAUUAGGGCUGUCAAUUGAUUAAAAUAUUGAAUUGCAAA